AUGAGCAAUCCAAAUCUGACGCACACUAAUUCUUCAUCUUCUCUUCGUGAGCAGCAAGGGGGCAGUAUGGCGUAUGAUGAGGAUGCUAUAUCGACUACUGGUCCACCUCCAUCAGUAUCCUUCAGCAGUUCUUCUUCGGUAUCUCAAAUUCCGAUUAGAAAAUCCAAAGUAUCAAUUUGUUCAUGUUUGAAUAGGAAAAAGAAUUCUUCUGCAUCAACAAGAGAGGGAUUUGUCAGGAAGGGAAGUUGUUGUGGUAGAAGGUUAUUAAUGAUUUUGGCUGUAUCGGGAUUUUUAUUAUUCUUCAUGAUGUUAAUUUUACUUUCAAAACUAAAGCAUUCAACAGUGAUUGAAAACAAGGCCUUGAUCACAACAUUAAAUCAUCAGAGUGGAUUAUCAAGGAGUUUAGUUAACACUCCUAAAAGUGGUUUGCAUGAAUGUCAAACUCCUUUAGGAACACCUUUGAAAAACACAAAGAUUAGUAUAUUGGUUACUACAAGUUUAAGGGAGUCUGAUUUUAAUUAUAUUAGAAACCAAGCAUUUGAUAAGAGUGUUUCAAUAGAAUGGAUUGUUUUCAAAACGAAGGGACAAGCUGUAAUUCCAACCCAUUUGAGAUCAGUUCAAAAACAAGUAGUUGAAGUGGAAAAUUUAAAGCACGAACUGGAAUUACUCACAACAGGAUUGAAGAAAUCAAGUGGAGAUUAUAUUUUCUUCUUACCACAUUCUGUUACAAUUCUUCAACCAGAAUUAACAAGCUAUGAAAUAUUUGAUAUCAAGUUGAAAUUACUGAAAUGCAAUACAGAUGCAGCAGUGAUGGGAUCCCUUUCAGUCUAUCCAAUUGACAUUUAUACACAAUUACCAACCUAUAAUACUGAUGUUAAACGUGAAAGUGAUGUAUCAUUUAACAUUUAUAGCAUGUCUUACAGACUCUCAAAAAGAGAUGACAACAUACCUGCACCAUUCCAUCACAAGAGAGGAAGAAACUACUUUGCCCUUCCAAAAACUUCCAAAACUUACCAAUACAGUUUUUGUACUGGUUUGGCUGGUUCAUUUAUUAAGAAAUCAGAAUUUAAGGAGAUAAGACUUGAUGAUUUUGGUGGAAGAGACCUCAACGAAUUACAAUUAUGCUUGGAAUUAUUUAAAAAGGAAAAGAAAGUUAUAUUUAAUCAUGAUGCUACUUAUAAUGAUUUUUCAGUGAUUGUACCUUACUCUGUUCCUAAAGUUGAAGCCAAGGAAGAAACAUCACAGGAUUCUUUUGCAUUCUUCAACUCUCUGAAGAAUAAGAACAAGAAACAACCAGAAAAAACUGAAGCAGUUAACAAGUUUGAAAAGCCCCCAAAAACAGCUUCCAAGUUUAUACCAUUCAAUUCCUAUUCUAAAGGCCAACGUAAAGGUUUCCUUAAAAAGUAUAAGGAUACUAUGAAGGAAGUAAUGAAUAUCAACAGCCAAUCAAGACCUAACAACCAAACAAAUCUUUCUGUUGUUUGGGAUUUUGGUGCUGGAAGUUGCAGUGGGUGGUUUAUUGAAACUAUGGAGUUUGUGACUGAUCUUGAUAUUGAAUCAAGAGUACCUAAUUUGAGAAUCAUCACAGGUAGAGAGGAUAUGUGUCUAGGUUUAGAAAGCUUCAAAUUUGAAGCUAUGGAUCGUCUCAUCUCCAAGACAUAUGUUAGCCCAAUGAUUGAUAUAUUUAUUUCACACAAACCUCCUGAACGUUAUCCAAAACAACAUCCUUACAAAGGAUUGGUUCAUUUGGAAGGUAUUCCAAGAUAUAAGAUUGGAAGAAGUAUGGCUGAAACUGAAAUUUUAUCAGAAGUUUGGAUUCAUAAUUUGAAAUAUGUUGAUGAAUUGUGGCUUCCAAGUAGUUUUCUUGUUGAUCCUCUAAUUAAUACCUAUGGUGUUGACCCAGAUAAGAUUUUUGUGGUUCCAGAACCUGUUGAUAUCGAAUUUUACAGCCCUAACUAUUCAAAAUACUUGUCUGUUAGUCAAGUGAAGAAGAUUGUUAAACAAUUGGAUUACAGACCUAACCAUUACCAUUUCUUCUCUGUGUUCAAGUAUGAGGAAAGAAAGGGUCCUGAAUACUUGCUCAAUGCCUACUUUUCAGAGUUUGCAAAGGUAAAGGAUGUAACUCUACAUAUUCAAACUUACAUCUUUAUGCAUCCUAAUGGAAGAGAUGAAGAGGUGGUAGAAAUGGAAAUCGACAAAGUACGUCAAGCUUUCUUGAUGAAACAUCCUGAGCUGACCAAAGAUGAUCUUCCAUUUGUCAAUAUUAUGUCACAUGUUAUUCCAACAACUGUCAUGCCUCAAUUGUACCAUCUCAUGGAUUGCUUUGUCCUUGCCACUCGUGGUGAAGGUUACGGCCUACCAUUUGCUGAGGCUAUGUCUAUGGGUCUUCCAACAAUAGGUACAAGAUAUGGCGGUCAAUUAGAAUUUAUGAAUGAUAAUAAUUCAUACUUAAUAGAUAUUGAAAAGAGAAAACCUGAUCAAGAAUUCGUUAUACCAAAGGUUAGACACUUGAGGCAUUUAUUGAGACAAGUUUAUGCCAACAGAAAAGAAUCUAAAAAGAUGGGUAGAAAUGCACGUAUUUGGGUUGAAAACAAUAUCAGCCACAAUGCCGUUAACCAACAAUUGGUGGAACACUUGAAGCGUAUUGAUAAAAAGUUAAAGAAUCAAAGUGAAAAGAAACAAAAACACAAAAGACAUGCGCUUCCAAAGGAACAACACUAA